AUGUCACUUGAUUUAUCGGUGAAGAAUGCACUCAUUGUUGCUUCUAUUGUUAUUUAUAUAAUAAUAAUAACCCUUCUAAUAAUUACUGCUAUUUUAUUAAUAAAUGGUAAGUUUUUAUAUGGAAUGAUAUCGAAAAAUUGGCUGCCACCACUGUUUGUAGCAUGUGAAGCUAACAAAAAAGUUAAAGGUUUUGAUACUGAAGAAAAAAUAGUUGAAUUUAAAUCAAUGAAAUUUAAAUACUACAUUAUUCCAAGCUCUAAUACGGAACUGAAAUUAGGAAAAAAAAAUUUGAUGCCCAUAAUUUGGUUUACUGGUGACUACUUUGAGUCAACAACAAUCCAGCAAUAUUUCUUCGAAAUGUUGUCCUACAAUACUGGCCGCACAGUUUGCGUUUUCCAGUAUCCUAACAGCCAACAAGCUUAUUUGUAUGAAACAAUGGGAUUCAUAAUAAAUUUAUUGCACAGCACAAUAUUCCCGAGAUUGAACAUUGAGAUGAAUCCGAUAGACCCGGGACAGGAAAUUCAAGACGAGAACAAAUUUAUAGUGGCUGGUAACAAUUCUGGAUGUUUCUACGCAAUCCUCUACGUAGAUUAUCUGCUGAAUACAUUGAAACAAUUCAAUGUUUAUGAAUGCAUAUUCUUCGACGGGAUUUAUAAUAUUGUGAGUGUGCCGAAUUUUCAUUACAGAUGGUUGUGGAAGCGUAGAAUAUUGUCUGAUGAAAGGAUCUGCAAACGCGAAAGCGAAAAUUGUUCAAUGAGUUUACCUAAUCAAUCGACAAUAGUGUCUCCUUGCCUGGCAAGCAAGCUAAAUAGCAAGGAAGAUUCAAAGAAGUUUCGCGACAAUUCUGAGAAGUGUAAAAUGUGCUUGAGAGUUUAUCAAGUUUUGAAACAAAAACGAAUCGUGCCAAUUGAUAUCCAUGUCGUUACUUCGAGCGAUAAGUUUUAUUAUAACAUAAAUGAAUCGUUUGUUAAUGACGAUAAAUACCAUCGCGCUUUAAUUAAACUUCCAGAAGGUUCUGUUGAUUUGCCGUACUUUUAUUAUUAUGAGACAAUGCAACCGAUUAUUGCAGAUUGCUUCCGCAUUGAUUAA